GUCAUGGACGGGUACCAGACAGCCUCCGCGCCUAUUUAUGUAUACAAAGCAUCCGGCGGGCACCAGUGUGUGAUUUUCUGACGCGAUUGGGUUGUGUGUAACCAACUAAAUUGAGGAAGGUCAGCUCUUCGUGACGUAAGCACUGCCAGUAAACAUCGAUCGUUUUUUAGUAGUGUGUGUGUAAAUGCAUCAUGUCAGCAGUGUAGUAUUUUUUGUGCAGAGUGUAGUUUUUCAUUUUCUCCUGGAUGAAGUGGCAGAGUUCUCGCGCCGAAAGGGGGUCCCACGGCCACAUUUUGGAGUUGAUUUUCAGCUAUCCAGUAGCAAAAUGAACGCUACAACAUUGUACGUGUCUACGUGCCGGUAUAUUCUCCAGGCUGAACAUAACGACCCAAACACUUGGGGUGAUUUGUACCGUCGACUGCCCUACCUACGCCAGUCACUUUCCUGCUGUGUGUGCGCUGGGCUUUUGAGCGACCCUAUGGGACCAGGUAACUCAACUUGCCAACACUUCGUCUGUCGCAACUGCCUAGGCGGCAAAAUGCUCCUAAAACCUUCAUGUAGCUGGUGUAAAGAUUACAGUCUCUUCACUGAGGUGAAACAGUUGCAAAUCCUGCUUUCGUGUUACAAGAAAUUAUGCGAGUACAUCGCGGAUACGCCGAUAGCACGGAACCUGGUCGGUGCCAAUGGAGGGACGAACAGUCACAGCUCCGGACUAUCGAUUUUACAGGAGGGAAUGGCCAUAAAUGAUAGCCAUUAUGAACGCAGUAGGUCUCAGGAUAUCUCAGGGUUUAACAUUGUAGAGUAUCUGGCCAAAGCCAGUAUGAAUUCGACCCCAGCAGCGAGUAAUAACGCCAUGCAGAACGGUCAUCUUGAAGGGGGCAGUGUGGCCAUCACCAACCCGGAAGUUACGGGGGAGGUGCGCCGUGUUGUGAACCACACCGCCAGAACGGAUGCUGUGAACGGUACCGAAGCUGAGCCUUAUACAGUGGAAGGUGGUGGCUUGGACGAAUACUCAGUGACCAUAUCUCCAAACUCGGAUAAUAAAUCCUCCCCAAAGAUCAAGAUUAAACGGAAGAAAAGACUUGAGUUGGGUCACCAUUCACAGAGUAAACCUAUCCAUCCUGGGUUGAAUAUUGCUAAAGUCAAACGAAAAUAUCAGAGGAGGUCGAAAACCCGCCUGCUAGCAUCCUCCACAAGUUCAUCUCGAUUGCCGACCUCAAAUGGGGUUUUAGACCUUAAUGCCUUGUCCAACACACCCAAGAAACUCAUCAUCUCGGGCCAUCGAGCGAAGCUUUUAAAGGCGGGGCGCAAGCUUGAAAUCAAGGAGGGGUGUAGGUGUGGCACAGGGGGGAAGUUCCCUGGACUCAACACAUGUCAGGGGCAUAGAUGUCCUUGCUUCGUGUCCGAAAUUGCUUGUUUGAAAUGUCGCUGUAAAGGAUGCAAGAACCCGUUAAAGGCGUCACCAAGUGAGCAGUCUUCGGAUUAUUAACAACAGUUUGUUAUGACAAACUUUUUUUUUUAAUUGUGGAAAUCUUUGGUUGGUUGAAAAUAUCCUAAUGGAAAUAUUUGUUUAAGAAAAAAAUUAGUACACAAAUAUUGCCAUCUGCAUAACUAGUGAAAUGAACAACACUUUAUUUGAUUCAAACAUGGUGUUCUAAGAGGUCAAUCGUUUUUCAAACAGUGUAAAUGAUUGAUGCGUAUGUUGAGUCAAAUAAGGGGUUGCAUAAAAAGUCAGUUAAAAUUCAAACAGACUUAAGAUCUGAGUUUCAGCAUCUCCUGGUACAAGGGGGGAAUAAUAUUAAAACAUCAAACUGCACACUUGAAGACCCUGUGUGUAUUACAUUGGAGCUAUUAUUAGAAAGCAUAGAGGUCAAAGUUCAAUCUUGCACUGAACUUCUCUUGGCCAUAAACAAUUAGUUAAUACUUCUCUUGCUAAGCAACCAAAAAGUUCAAAGAAAAAAGGGUCAGCCCUGGGCCCAAUUUCAUAAAGCCCGUAAGCACAACAACUUGCUAAGCACAGGAAAGUUGCCAAUAAAAAUUACAUAAAGUUGACAUUGUUGCGGCUGGUGCCCUACUCAUUUCUUUGCUUAGCAAAGAAAUUUGAUACUUGUUACAGUAUAUUCUGCUCGACAGCUUUGUGAAAUUGGGCUCAAAUGUUUUUGUUUAGUAUUAUCUUAUUCUCUUCAAAUUGUAUUGCUACGGGUAUCUGGUGUACAUUACUAAUGAGACAUAUUUUUCAUUUAACUGCUUUAAAGCAGAGGAUGGUUGUAGGCGGUUUAAUUGUACAUGUUUGUUGUUCGGGUGUAUUUGAUGUUCUGGAACGGAGGCCCCUCCCCUACCCCCGAAACCCCACCCCUUUAAUCACUAUAUGGCCCAUGUACUUGUAUUAAUCAGUUUGUAAAACUUUGUUAAAGUAUAUUUAAGUACAACAAAGGUUGUUUAAUAUUUUCACUGAAGUUUUCCCAAAAGUACCCUAAUGUUAAAAGUCCUGUAAUUUUUGGACUGAUUUAAAGAGAAACACCAAGGCUAAAACAAUAACAAAUUUUGUACCAAACAUGUUAAAUAUUUCUCAAUUAACAUGCUGGGGAUUGUAACUAAAAAUAAAAUAUUUUGAUUAAAAAAUGUCGACCAAACAAAGAAAAAUUUUCACUUAUGUUUUUGAAUUUUUCUCUCUUUUGAAGGUAAUUUUUUUAAUAGAAAGUUUUCACUCUUUAAUAAGUGUUUAUACAACGAUGAAACUGACUGUUGUCUUGGUUUUUAUGGUUCAGUCUUUUUCCUGUUAAAUUGUUCACAUUUUCCAUUCAAAAUAAUGAUCGGAUGUAACCCCUGACCCUGUAUUUUUAAGUAUUACACUUCCCGAAUCAAAGAAAACAACAAUUUGAUUUAAAGGGAAGGUACACGUUUGGUAAUUACUCAAAACAAACAUUAACUUAA